GAAGGGUUGGGCUUCAAUAUAUGAAGUUUGCGGGAGACAAAAUGCAACUCAUAAUUUAUCCAUUCCCACGUCUUUCCAGCCCCUGGCAACCCGCAAUGUGCUUUCUGUCUCUGCAGAUUUGCCUGUUCUGGACAUUUCAGAGAAAUGGAAUCCUACACAGUGCGUUCUUCUGUGUCUGUUUUCUCUAACUCAGCAUCCAGUUUUUGACGUCUAUCCACUUUGUAGCAGAUGUCACGGUGUCAGUCCUCUUUAGGGUCAGGGGACUUUGAAGGAAGUAUCUUUCUAAAUGCAUCAACUGCUUCCUGGACUCUGCCACUCAGAGCUUAGGACUGCACAAGCUAACUGCCUUAGACCAUUUCCCCCAUAUGCACACACACGCACACACACGCACAUGCACACACAUGCAGAUGCACACACAUGCACACAGACACACACGUGCACACACACACACACACCUGUGUGCACAGGAACUUAAUCCAUCCAAGUAACUUACCUUUAUAAAGAUGUUGCAGUCCAGGCGCGGUGGCUCACACCUGUAAUCCCAGCACUUUGGGAAGCCGAGGCAGGUGGAUCACUUUAGGUCGAAAGUUCAAGACCAGCCUGGCCAAUGCAGUGAAAUCCUGUAUCUACUAAAAAUACAGAAAUUAGCCGGGCGUGGUGUCGGAUGCCUGUAAUCCCAGCUACUCGGGUGGCUGAGGCAGGAGAAUCUCUUAAACCUGAGAGGCGGAGGUUGUAGUGAGUUGAGAUCACACCACUGCACUCCAGCCUGGGCAACAGAGUGAGACUCUGUCUCAAAAAAAAAAGGAAGAUAUUACAUAGAAGACAAAUCCCAAACACCAGAUCAACAACAUGAACAGACUUAACACUCCAGGUGCUCAAAUUUGCAGAGAGAAAAGUCCAAGGUUUAUUUCUCCUUUUGGGUCUGUUUGACAUGAAUCCUGCUUCUCUGGGAAUUUAGAAGCUGCCCUCAUAACUAAGACUGAUUUUCCCCUUUCUCCUGCAGUUAAUCUAUUUACCAGAGGACUUCAAAGCUGUUUGCAAAUGCUAACUUUUUAAGUUCUUGCCUACUGCUUCAUGGUAGGUAGAGUGUAAGGGUUAACCCACGAGUGGUAUAUGGAUAAAUUAGACACAGUCACAGAUCUGCAGGGAAAAAUAUAAUUAUAACCAUUGUGAAAGCAGGAUUAAUCAUCGAACUGAGCUAUCCAGUCAUAUUUCUUCUCCAAGGAGAUUUCAAACAGAAGAUGUAAAUUUUGGUAGUUACAUAAAAUGUCUCAGAUUUAAAUGAAAGACACAAAAAGCCACAUGUCAUCUGCUUUUCCUGAACAACGGUCUCUGCUGAAAUAUUGGUUCUGCCACCUACAAAGACAACUGAAGGCUGAGGAUGAAAAAUGCCUCCUGGAAGUCACUGAGUUUGUUAGGUAUAAAAGCCAAGACUUCAACUGAGGUCUUUGCACUGACGUGUACAUUAACCCCACACUGGGUAUCACUGUACUAUCACGUCCUGCAGGAGGAAGAUUACAGACGGCCAGUGUCUUCUCUGGUUUCUGGGUUGGUGACUUUGAACUUGCUACAGCUCCCACACCCGCAGCGAGCAGAGUUGCCAAGCAAGUGUGCCGGCUUCCAGAAGCCUGAGAUGCCCAUUGGUGCUUGGGAACCACCCGAGUUUCCCCAUCCUCUGUGCUGCUGCAGAUUGGUUGGGGCAGCCCGGGGAGGCUGGCUCCGACACAUGACUGAGCGUGCCUACACUGGUCCCACAGGUUUUCAGCUGUGGAGUUUGGGAUCUGAGCUUGGAGCCCAUUUGUUUCUGGCAGUUCGGUUCAUAUUUUCCACUUGAAGACAUCGCCUCCCUUCCUUCCAAGCUGGGAGACCAGAAGUCAACAACAGGAGGGUGGAGAGGCCGGAUCUCAUAAUCCGCUUGGCUGGGGAGUCCACUGAGGUUCUUGCAUCCUGAAGCAAACCAUGGAGAGCUGGUGGGGACUUCCCUGUCUUGCGUUCCUGUGUUUUCUAAUGCACACCCGAGGUCAAAGAGACUUUGAUUUGGCAGACGCCCUUGAUGACCCUGAACCCACCAAGAAGCCAAACUCAGAUAUCUACCCAAAGCCAAAACCACCUUACUACCCACAGCCCGAGAAUCCCAACAGCGGUGGAAAUAUCUACCCAAGGCCGAAGCCACGCCCUCAACCCCAGCCUGGCAAUUCCGGCAACAGUGGAGGUAGUUACUUCAAUGAUGUGGACCGUGAUGACGGACGCUACCCGCCCAGGCCCAGGCCGCGGCCACCUGCAGGAGGUGGCAGCGGUGGCUACUCCAGUUAUGACAACUCCGACAACACGCACGGAAGAGGGGGCUAUAGACCCAACUCUCGUUAUGGAAAUACUUAUGGUGGAGAUCACCAUUCAACGUAUGGCAAUCCAGAAGGCAAUAUGGUAGCAAAAAUCGUGUCUCCCAUCGUAUCCGUGGUGGUGGUGACACUGCUGGGAGCAGCAGCCAGUUAUUUCAAACUAAACAACAGGAGAAAUUGUUUCAGGACCCAUGAACCAGAAAAUGUCUGAAGAUGUUAAGAUCCCCUGAUUACUUUGAGAAAAACAACUAAAACAAGAACCCUGUUUAUCACUGUUGUGGAAAUUUCCUUUUAUUCUUGACACAAUUUGAUGACCUAAGUGUGUUUUCUUCUGUGUAAAGUACAUGAGCUGCCUCACUAAGCAUUCCCAACUCAUUGGAUGUGAUGUGGUUAUAAAGAUAAGUUAGGCAGCUAGACCCUGCAUUCUAAAAAAGGAUUGCUUGCAAUGUUGGUUUGGCUAUUCAUUUACACGAAGAGACUGUGGCUCUCUGUUGUGAGAUCUUCAGCUACCUCAUGGUGCAAUAACACACACAUGCUUAACCAUGUUGAUGGCACAAAGCAGUGAGCAGUAGGGAGGUAGAGUAUCUUGGUGGGGAGGGGAUGUUAUCAGCUUCUGGGAGAUGAAGAAUGUUGUUGAGGUUCCAAAGAUGCUGGACCUGUGCUAAAAUCUUCAGUGAUAUAAAAAAUCAUUGAGCAUUCAUUAUUGUGAAUGAAGUGGGGAUGCAUUAUUUCUGACACCCACAAGCAGGGUUUGAUCAUCCUUUCAGCUUUGAUAUAUCUGUACAUAAAAUUAUUAUUACCUGAAGAAAAUAAGGCUGCAUUUUGAAAUGUUAAGUGCAAAACGACUGAUGUUAAAACCAUCUGGGGGAAAUCUUGGGAUACUUUUUCCUAGGAAAUCAUAUGGUUGUGAUAUGUUUUGGCGCAUAGGAGACAGAAAUAGUGAUUAUCAGGCGUUGAGCCUUUUUGUAGUAUUUUUAGUCUUUGAUACUCUGUAAGUACUAGUUCCUAAGGCAACGACGUUGGAUUCCUUGGUUUAUACUUUUUCUAUUCAUCAGAGUAGGAAAUCUUAAAUCCUUAGGCAUCCAAGAAGUAUACUAGCUUUUUGCUUCUCUUUUAGAAAUACUUGUGGGGAGAGAAAAAAGGAUGGUUUGGGCAUAUUGGUAUAAUUUGAGUAAACUAAAGUUAAUGUUCAUAUAACAUUUAGACUUUGCCAUAAAUAUCAGAACCAAAGAUCAAGACAUUCAUGUGCAGUCUGGAAUGUAUAUAUGGGGCCCAUAAAAAUUCCCAGUAUGCAUGUUUCAUGCUCACCAUUAUGAAUUGGGGUCUUCAAAGAGAGAAGGUUGAAAGUGGAAAGCACUUGAAAGAGCUCCCCGGUUUGUAAAAUAUCUUUAAUCAUUCACAUUAGGUAUCUCGGAGUUGUGGGUCUCAAAUGUGGAUUCAUGCAUCAUUUGUGCAAUUUGAAAAUAGUCCAUAUUUCCUAUUUCAGUAUUAGGUCCUGCAACACUUUUCAAUUCUUGUAGAAGGUUUUUUUCAGGAGUGGUGAUGUCUGAUGCUCAUUUACUGUUUUCUCUAUAAGAGUUUCAGCAUGAGCUUAAUUAAAUUCUUGUGAAAAAGCCUCUGUGUUUUUAGUUACAUACACACACACACACACACACACACCUACUUAAAUGGAAUCUAAACAUUUUUAGCCUUUAAUCCAUUCCAUUUUCUAAAACUGUCAUAAACCAUUUUUAAUCAUUUUAAAUAAAUGUAAAAGAAAAA